AUGUUAAUUACACGAGAUAAUCUGAAAGUGAUUGAAGAAACCAAGAUCUCAUUUCAAAAAACCUUCAAAAAGAAGGAUUUGGGAGAUCUGAAGUAUUUCUUAGGUAUUGAAUUUGCAAGAUCUAAGGAAGGAAUCAAUAUGCAUCAGAGGAAAUAUGCCUUAGAACUCAUUUCAGAAGUCGGAUUGACUGCUGCCAAACCUGCAGAAACAUCUAUUGAUACAAAUAUCAAGCUCACUUCAACACAAUAUGAUAAGGAAAUUAAUACAAAGAGUCAAGUUGAAGAAGAUCCCUUGGUUGAUCAAGCUACUUAUCAGAGACUCAUAGGAAAGUUGCUCUAUCUAACUGUAACCAGACCUGAUAUAUCCUUUGGAGUACAAACUCUACGUCAGUUUCUUCAGCAACCUAAACAGUCAUAUAUGAUAGCAACCUUAAGGAUAGUAAGGUUUCUUAAUCAAGAAUGGUGA